UGUCGCUCUUUUACUUUUUCUCACUGGGUGUAGGUCUUGAGUAUUUCUUGGCUAUGUCGGAAACGGUUCCUGCUUCCUUGAGUAGCCUUGUCCCAGGUCUUGUCGAGAAACCUCCAUCUAAAAGGCGAGGGAAGAAACCUGGCCUGGCUGCUGCUCGCAAAUCCCGGGGUUUCUCGGUUUCCAAGUUGAUUCCCGAGGCCCUUUCGAUGUCUCAGGAACGAGCGGGAAUGUCUCUUGCCGCCCUGAAGAAAGCCCUGGCUGCGGCUGGCUAUGACGUGGAGAAGAACAACAGUCGCAUCAAGUUGGCCCUCAAGAGACUUGUGAAUAAUGGGGUCCUAGUGCAGACCAAGGGCACUGGCGCCUCUGGCUCCUUCAAGCUCAGCAAGAAGGCGGCUCCUGAGAACGCCAAGGGUAAGGUCAAGAAAUCUGCUUCUGCCAAGGCUAAGAAGCUGGGCUUGUCCAGGGCCUCGAGAUCUUCCAAGAGCAGUAAGACUAAGGUUGUCAAGAAGCCGAAGGCCACGCCGACGAAAGCAUCCGGGAGCCGACCGAAAACCAAAGGCACCAAGGGUGUACAGCAGCGGAAAAGUCCCGCCAAGGCUAGAGCAGCCAACCCCAAUGCUGGCAAGCCAAAGAUGGUCCUGCAGAAGAACGACCUGAGGAAGGCAGCAGCCAAGAAGUGAGCUUCAAAGCCAGUUUUAAAAACCCAAAGGCUCUUUUAAGAGCCACUUCCAUAAUUUUUAAAAUGGCAAAACACUUUAAACAAAA